GCCUUCGCACUGGACCUGGAGCCGGACGAUUGGACCCCGGCCACAGCCAGCAGCACGUCCAGCAGCGACCGCGGCGGCGCCGGCCUGGAGCUGGGCCCUCUGGACACGGCCUCGUCCGACGUCCUCUCGGACAGCUGGGAAUUCUGCUCCUUCCUGGACGCCUCCACGCCCUCCGACCCUGGCGACUGCCCGGAGCCUCCGCGGCCRGCGCCGCUCCGGCCGCCCGAUUUCCGCCUGAUGAACGGGACGGUGCCGCUGACCAACGGCCCCCGCGGCGGCCGCAGCGCCACGCCGGACGAGGAACCGGCCAGAACGGCACAGCGUCCGGCCGGCACGCGGGAGCGUGUCCGCUUCAGCGACAAGGUGCUGUACCACGCCCUGUGCUGCGAYGACGAUGACGGCGACGGCCCCGACGGGGACGGCCCCGCGGGAAAAGGGACGGCCUCAAAAAUUGUGGGGUCGGGCGGGGCGAGGAGGGCCACGAGGAACAGCAGCACGCAGACCGUGGCCGACAAGAGCACGCAGACGCUGCUGCCCUACGUGCCCGCCCGCCAGAAGAUCCCCCAUAAAAACUGACCCCGGGUUUAUGGGGUUUUGGGGUUUGGGGUCGG